UGGCACUCUCUCCACCUCUCUCUCUCUCUCUCUCUCUCUCUUACCCUAUUUUUUGGCAUCAAAUGUUCUGCCUGUCAUUCCAGUUCCUGAUGCUGUGAUGAGCACAGACAUGAGCACAGCAGGUGUUCAUCGAGGCUACCUCAAGAAAUAUGGGGGCUUCAUGUUUAAGCAGUGGAAGGAGAAGUACCUGGUGCUGACCAUGGAGGGAAGCCUGCUGGUGUGCAGGGACGCAGAGUCUCCUCCGGACCAGGUGGUAGCACUGCAGACCAGCUGCGAGACCAUCGCAGAGGGCCGAGAGAUACUGGACCUGCCCAAGUUGCCUCCAGGGGGCAGGAGGGACUGCUGCUUCGCCAUCGUCCUGCAGCAGAGCAAGUUCCUGCUGCUGCUGGCUGACAACCCGGACGACUGCAAUCUGUGGCUGAAGCUGGUCAGAAAAGUGAGAGAGGGAAUCAUGUCCCCGCUGACCAUUCAGAGACAUCGCAGCCUCACUCCCUGCAUCACAGACAGAGACCCCCUGUCGGACUCGUCCAGUGAUAAAGACCCCGGGUCGCCCAGGGUCUUUGAGGGAACUCCUCCUUUAUCUCGAGCCAGCGAACGGGGAGGAUCCUUCAGAGACAGAGGCCCAAACCAAGCCAUUGGACGGCGGCCUCUCCGCAGUGUUUCCGUGGCACCACCUCAUCGUGUGUCAGACUGUCUUCGCCAUGGCAACAGCAGCGAUGCCCGGGCGGUGAGGGCGGUGUGUCUGCUGAUGGGGGGGGCAGCGGCCUCCUCUGCUCUGGGCUACCUGAACUCCUGCUCCCCCUCCUCUCCGCUAGCCGCCAGAGCCCCAGAGAUGGCCCACGGGGCGGGGGGCUUCUCUGAGCUUAAUGCCGGCGGCUCCUUACACGCCUGCAGCCAGGACGUCGACUCCCCACACUUUAACAGCUUCGACUUUGAAGGAGACUCUGACUUUGAUGCGUUCGACUGCGGAGGAUUUGCUUUUUAGUCGUGACCAAGAAAAACAGAAAGACACUCUAAAAAAAAAACAACUCCUGUAUUGGUAUUCCUUUUCAAUAUAAGGACAUUGUUAUUAAUGAAUCCCUCGUUGGGUUAUCUAUACGUCUAAUUUAUAAAUUAAUGAAGGCGUUCUUCCUGGCUUUAUGCCCAUGCUCCUCAGGUAAAUGAUUCAUGAUCUUGACUCCUCUGAACACUGUCUGUCUGUGUUGUAUCACUCUUUCCAUGCCUCGGGACCUCUUGAGGUUAACUGGGUGAGCGGUGUGAUUCCAGACAGCCACAUGGACAUUUAUAAGAACAUUUAAGUCUCAGAAUUGUAUUAAAAAAACACAGGGUUUUUCAAUGUUUGUCUGAUAACUGUGUGUAUUUUCUACUUUAAAAAAAGAUGACCUCAGUGCAUAUUUUCUCCUCAUCCACAUUCUGUCCAUUUCCUUUCGCCCUGCUUUCAGAAACCACCCACCAUCUGCACAUACCUCACAUAGAGCAUGGUUCAAAGGUGAACUCUCAAUAAAUCCUGCUCUUACCAUGACUGUGCAUCUCUCUCUAGAUCCAUCUGCCGUUUGCUGGCUGGCACAGUGCAGACAAUAGGCCGAGUGUUUUGGAGGCGACGGAUGCUGGAGCAGAUUUGCACGAGCAGAAUGGCUGCGUGCGCUUAUCUGAGAUUUUGUGUGACAACAAAAAUAAUCCACUGAGUUCAGAGCUCAUGAGCUGAACAUGUUUGUGUUUUUACCCUCAGUUUGUGCACCAGAAUGGGCUACAUUUGCUUUCAUGACAAACUAGACUAUCCUUUUUCUGUAAAAGAAAGAAAAAGACUCCUAAGUUUGUUGUUGAUGCAAGCACCUUAUUAAUGGUAAACUAUCUGUGCUAUAUUUAUUACAUAUAUACACAAUAUAUUGCUUCUGGAAAUGGUGCUAAAAGAGGAAACACUCCUUGGUGUCUCCAUUUGUCACAUCCAGUAUAAGAGGGACUCAUAUUAUAUAUAUAGUAUUAUUUGCACAAACUUAUUGACAAUAUUUCCCUUCCAAAUUUGAAUCUUUCUGCAUACAAUCAUUUUUUUAAAUGCUGUCUUCUGAUUUGUUUUAAUCAUAAGCAUCACUUGUGGUUAUUAUACUAUAAAUGUUUUGCAAAACCUGAAAGCUCAGUAUUGACAAACAGGCCAAACUGUCAAUUUUUCCAGGUUCCCCUCAACUGAAAAGUGCAAGUUAUGUCUUGUCAUGUAAAUACAAAUGUGGUUGACAAUAUGCAUUACUGAAGAACAGUUUCAGCUAAAAUUGUGUGGAUUUUGUGUUUUAAUCCAUGAGUUAAAAUCUCUUUUUUUUUAUAGAUUCUGUGUCACAGUUACUGUUAACCUCAGUCCAUAAACAAGGAAUAGUCCAAAUGCAAAGCAAAAGACUGGUAAAAGUUAUUCAGUAUGGAAGACACUAACAAGGAAACAGAAAGAAUAAAGUGGAUAGACUGUGAAUUAAUGUGAUUUUGGCAGAUUGAAUGACUAAAGAAAGGGCCUGCAACAGGUUGUCUGGGAUAGAAAGUCUGCAAUGGCAAGUCAGAAAUCUACCUUUCAGAAGCAUUCACAAAGUGGAAUUGGAUUAUUAAUUAAUUUUAUUCUUGAAAAGGCUUUAGGGUUAUAUAACAAGUGCUGUAGUCUGAUUAGAUUUUAGUUCAGUUAAACCUGCAGUUGAUGAGGCCCUGUAUGGUGGAACAGGAGGAAAACUUUAGCAGUAAUGUGCAAAAGCAGUAGUCAAAAUUUCCAAGGACUUAAGUUAGACUGAGUGAUCAUUGUCUGGUCUUCUGAACAGCAUUUUGUCUGUAUUUCUCUGCACCUAAAUCACUUCUUGAAUGGAUAAUGAUGUUUUGCGUGCAUGUUGGUUGUAAGAUCACGCUUGUCUAAAUUUUGUUCCUGAUUUAUCAAAGGCUGUUGCAACACUGUAAAUAUUCCAGGGUUUUAUUUACUCACUUAAAAGCAUGUAUUUUGAAGACUGUUAGUACCUAAAAAUAUUUAUUGCGUAGUUUUUUUCAGGUUCAUUGUAAUGGUAUAAUGAGAGAUGUUGUACUUGUGAGUACAUUUGCAGUGCUCGUCCUUCAUUACUUCUUUCAUUUCAUCAAAUUUAAAUGUAAGUCUGUGUUUUAUAAUUUGUAAAUGUUGCUGCAAGACCCCAAAUAAAGAGUAUUUCUAGCUCAGUGAAACACUACAAAUACA